AUGGCUCCUGCUCAUGCGAUGCCGACUGGGCUGGGUAUCGAGUCUGAGGGAUUGGAGUUGCCGUUGAGCGAGCUCCCACCUUGGGAGGAGGCCAAGCUGAAGAUCCUGCCGGUUGUUUGGAAGAAUCCUGUGACGGGAGACAAGGAAGGCGCGUUGUACCCCGAUGCGCACCUUACGGACUUGAAGGAGGUGCGAGGGCUGUUGUACAAGACGCAGCGCCCGGCUAUUGCGCUAAAGCUCGUUUACCCGCACGACUGGAAAGAGAAGGAUCUGGUUAUAUUCCAUAAUCGCAGGGUCUUGCAUAGCGUCGUUGGCGCUUUCACUCCGGAUCAGGUUAGGGCGUUCCACCAGUGUAACCUCGCUGCGUCGGAUGAUCCCAUUGGACCUACGGCCGAAGAUGUGAAGAAGUGGGCUUGA